GAAACUUUAACCAAAAGUUGAUCGUCCUGCAAAAUCGAAUGCAGUGAAUUCUCUUGCCACUGUAUUCGCUUCGAAAUAUUUGAAAGAACGGUGUUACAUGCUAUACCAAAAAUCGAUAGGAGGGGCACGCUACAGCAUCUGACAAAAAUCUCUGACAGAUUGUUCAACGCGACAUGAUUCACGAUUUUGAUUACUUUUGCGUACAACAUUCCUAUUGUGAUUCGUUCUCAUAUAUUCUAGUGAUGAUUGUCAUGGAGAAACGAGUAAUUAUGUCAUGAUUUCGGAUACGAGUAUUUGGAAAUGCGAGUUAACACGUUCAGCCAGAUUUAUGAGAAUAGAAGCCGAAAGGAAAUCGAAUUAUCGAUUGCUGCAAAAUUACGAUACGUUACAGAUGCAAAUACAAGAAGUUUACGAAACUUUCAUCAAGACCAAGCAAAUUGAAUUAAAUUCAAUAAUAUUUAAGAAAAUAGAGGAACAACAAGAAAUAAGAUAGCAUUUUAAAGUUUUGAUAAAAUCUUGUUCAUCAUGUUACCAAAACCAUUGAUUCUCGAUUCUUACAAGAUCAAAAGAUAGUGAAAAUAAUGAAGUAAAAUAAUAAAUAACUUUUCUAAAAAUUUAAUGCAUAUUGAAAUCAUAUAAUGCAGAAUUGAAUUAUGCAUAGAUAUAAAAGUGAAAUAAUAAAGAUAAAUUCAUGUGAGUAAAUAUUUCUUUAAUAUAGGAGAAAUUAAUUGAUAUAUAAAAAGAAUAUAUAUGUAUAAAUAUAACAAAGAUAAAAAAUAAUCAAAAAUGGUGACAUAAAAGCUAAAUGAAACGAAGAAUAUUAAUGAAGAAUCGGGCGAAAAAGUGAAACGAAGGUAGUUGAAAACGAUGGAAAUAAACCUCGAAGUUUUGAACUUGAAUCCUAGUUACUACAAUGCUAGUCAAUUAUCGAAAAAUUUAUCAAUUGAAGAGAAUACGAUAGAACCAUAUGAGUGUUCACAAAAAAUCAAUUCAAGCGGUCUCUUCGAUUUCAUUAUUUAUGGUAUAUUAAUAAAUUUGAUCGGAAUUUUUGGGAUAUUUGGCAACACGAUCUCGAUGAUCAUUCUUUCGAGGCCACAAAUGAAAUCAUCAAUUAAUUAUUUGCUAAUUGGUCUAGCCAGAUGCGACACCAUGUUAAUUAUCAUUUCGAUAUUGAUUUAUGGCUUAAUCGCAAUUUACACAUAUACUGGCCUGCUGUUCGACUAUAGGUUCAUCGUCUACCCGAAGAUAGUCCGAUUCUUAUAUCCAUUAUCGUGUAUGGCACAUAUAGCAACGGUAUAUUUGACUCUGACUGUAACACUUGAGAGGUAUAUCGCUGUAUGUCAUCCCUUACAAGCUAGAUCUUUUUGUACAUAUGGACGAGCUCGAUUAGCUGUGGCGAUUAUUUUGAUAUUUUCUUUUUUUUAUAAUUUACCAAAAUUUUGGGAAGUAGAGUACUACACAGAAACUCACUGGAAAUACAAUGUUACUAUAUAUUGCGUGUAUCCAGCUGAUUUAAGAAACAACAAUUUAUAUGUCACACUUUACGUCCAUUGGAUGUAUUUCUUUAUUUGUUAUCUUUUUCCUUUUCUCGCUUUAGUGAUCUUCAAUGUAGCUAUUUAUCGAAGGGUGAGAAAAGCGAAUAGAGAUUUGCAACAGCUUUCACGACAUCAGAGACGCGAAAUUGGAUUGGCAACGAUGUUACUUUGUGUGGUGAUCGUUUUUCUAAUUUGCAACAUCCUACCGCUCGCCUCAAAUAUUCACGAGACUUUCCUCAACGAUCCGCCACUUUGGCUGGUACAGACAGGCAAUCUUCUUGUAACAAUUAAUAGUAGUAUCAAUUUCAUUAUCUACGUGAUCUUCGGUAGAAAAUUCAAGAGGAUAUUUCUAAAGUUGUUUUGCAGUUCAAAACUAUUCGGGCCUGGAAGAGAUAGUCCAGAAUUCCAUUAUGACGAAUCAAUCGUUACUAAUAUGACCAAUAUAGAAUUAAAAAACUCUAUCAGACAUCAUCUUAACAGAUCGAGUACUAUCAAUAGAAAUAAUAAUAUCUCAAAUGGUAGUACACGACAGAGUGUCAAAAUGUCGGGAAGACCUGCCAGUCCAGGACCUUGUAUUUAUUAUCCUGCAAGAAGUCCUAGUCAGAUGUCCAGAACAUCAAGUGCGCAAAAUGGAUGGAGUAAAAAAGAUAUAGAUUCUACGCUAUAAAAAAAUUUCAAAUAAUUUAAUUCCAAUAAGUCGACCAGUUAUUAAUCAACAACAACGAAUACUUCUUUAUUAG